AUGAAUGAAGAUAUAAAAAAAUUGGCAGAACAAGCAGAAUUAAGUUUAAUUCCUGAGAAAUUCCAAGUUGCGUACUGUAAAGAAUACGACAGAUUAGUGAAAUGGAUGGCAAGAAAAAAUUCCGACGUUGUGGACGAAACAGUGAUGCCUGCUUACAUGAAAUGUCAAAAGAAGUUAAGUACAUUUUUUACCGAAGCCCCAGAUGAUACGUUCUUGUUUUUGCAAGUUGUAGCUAUUUGUGGUAUAUUUGGAUCAUGUAGAGGAUAUGAACUCUGUGAUUUGUGUAUGUCUGACAUUAAGAGAGAGGGUCCUGCUUUAUUAAUCACUAUUCGUCCAUCUAAAACGGAAAAAGGCCGAAAAUUUGCGGUUAUUGAUGACUCUGACAUAUCGUAUGUCAAGUUAUUCAACAAAUAUCUGUCACUCCGUCCAGAAAAUCUAACUACAGAUAGAGUGUUUUUGAAGUAUGCCAAUGGAAAAUGCACGAAGCAAAUCGUUGGAAUUAAUACUUUUGGAAAAUGUCCUUUUCAUGUAGCCCAUUUUCUGAAUCUCUCAAACGCUGAGAAAUACACUGGUCAUGCUUUUAGACUAAGUUUGGCUAUGAUCAUGGCAAAUAGUGGAGUGAGCGUGGAUGAGCUGAAACGUCAAGUAGGGUGGAAAUCUUCGAGCGUGGCUAGUGGCUAUAUUGAAGAAUCCACUCUAAACAAAAUAGUUGUUUCCAAGCGCAUUGCUGGUGUUCUUAACACAUCUGUUGCUGAAUCAACUAACUUCAUCAACAUAUAUAGACUUUCAACCAAAUAGUGAAAAUGCAGAAGUUACUACUAGUUUUCAGUUAAGAAAUGGUAAUCAGUUUUAAUCAAGGAUUGAUGCAGGUUGUGAGUUUCUACAGUUACACCGAUGUCAAAGAAAACAGAAUUGAAGAAUGCAUUCUUAGUUGUAGACUCUUUCGUCAACUUUUUUCAGUAAUCAUAUUGUUACGAAAUAAACCCAUACGCCGCCGCACUACGACGCCUAUGGGUUUUCUCAAGGGAUUUCUAGUAUGUACGGCGAUGACUGGUUACUCAUCAUCGGUGACGGCGGUCGGGAGGGGUUCGAUUAAAAGAAGCGCCUAGAAACGAUUCUGCGAAAGUCUCGGCCGACGCCUCCAGAAUGAGCUCGAAGUGAUGGCGGCGAACCAUCCAGAAAGGAUCGUAUGGGUUUGAAUAGAGACCACCCUCGAGCGCAGUCAGCUUUUUAGGUUAGUCAGCGCGAGAAUAUUAGAGUCUAAGUUGAGGAAUUAUAAUCGCUGUGU